AAUAUAAAGUUUUGAUAGGCAUACUAGCAAUUUAUCCCAAUAUCUAUCAAGUAUCUUUCCUCAGCAUUUACCAUGCUCUAGUGGUAGUCAUUCAUUGAUCGAUUUAUUCCACCAUCAAUAAUCAGAAUUGCCUACCUGAUCGUUCAAAUAUCUUACCCUUAUUCGCCUUUCCAGCGUCGGUGUAUUCCACUUUUCGAUAUGACCAUCGAAAAAGAUGACCCUGGAAACUCCACUUCGGAAUCGCCUCGAAGUAACAGAAUUCCAUUCUGGCGGCUGAUUGCAGAUCAGGGUGCUGUGACACAAGAAGUAAUUGACUACCCUUAUGCCGGAAGUGGUACAGAGAAAGAUCCUUUUUCUGUGACAUGGAUUCCUAAAGACCCCCGAGAUCCUAUGAUGUUUGAACCCGUUAUGAAGUGGUUCAUUACAUUGAUAGCUGCGAUUUCAACUUUGGCAGUCGCUCUAGUUUCCUCGGCAUACACUGGCGGCGUCCAAGAGAUUGAAAUGCAAUUUGGCAUUGACAGCGAGGUUGCUACUUUGGGUGUCUCUCUCUUCGUUCUAGGGUUUGCAAUUGGACCGUUACUUUGGGCUCCCCUCAGUGAAAUGUUCGGCCGUCAGAUCGUUUUCUUUAUUACAUAUCUAGCUUUUACUGUGUUUAAUUGCGGAGUCGCCGGUUCUCAAAAUACCCGUACCCUCAUCAUUCUUCGAUUUCUCGCCGGUGCUUUUGGCUCCUCCCCCUUGACAAAUGCCGGUGGCAUUAUUGCCGACAUGUUUUCUGCUAAACAGCGAGGGCUAGCAAUGAGUUUAUUUGCUGUGGCACCUUUUCUAGGUCCCGUUCUUGGCCCUAUUAUCGGUGGAUUCCUAGGGAUGAAUGCAGGAUGGAGAUGGGUUAUGUGGUUUCUGAGCGCUUUCUCUGGAACUUUGUUGGUUCUUGGAACCCUAUUCAUACCUGAAACAUACGCACCAGCACUUCUCCGCCGUCGUGCAGAAAGACUAUCCAAGAUAACCAACAAAGUCUACCAAAGCCAUCUCGAUAUUGAACAUGGCACUGUUUCGUUCAGUGAAACAUUGAAGACUGCCUUAUCUCGACCCUGGAUUCUGCUGUUUCGAGAACCUAUCGUUUUUCUGCUGUCGCUUUAUAUGGCCAUCAUUUAUGGCACUUUAUAUAUGCUCUUCGCCGCUUAUCCAAUUGUCUUUCAGGUUCAUCGAGGCUGGAAUCAAGGCAUUGGUGGGUUGCCCUUUUUAGGAAUUAUGAUAGGCAUGUUAAUUGCUCUUGUCUACGCCUCCUGGGAUAACAAAAGAUAUAUACGCGUUCAAGAAAAAGAAGGCGGGUUUGCUCCACCUGAGGCACGUCUGCCUCCCUGCUUGAUAGCUUCUUUCACCAUACCGAUUGGUUUAUUUUGGUUUGCAUGGACAAACUACCCAUCGAUCCACUGGAUGGCGUCUGUGGCCGCCGGCGCACCCUUUGGAUUUGGUAUGGUAUUGGUAUUUCUGAGCAAUUUAAGCUAUCUUGUUGACACUUAUACCAUCUUUGCUGCAUCUGUCCUGGCUGCUGCAUCUCUUUUGCGGUCACUCUUUGGAGCUGCUUUCCCCUUAUUCACGACUUAUAUGUAUCAAAAUCUAGGAAUUCACUGGGCUUCUUCAAUCCCAGCUUUCCUAGCAGCGGCUUGUAUCCCAUUCCCAUUUAUCUUUUACAAAUAUGGGCCUACCAUUCGACUUCGGUGCAAAUAUGCAGCGGAAUCAAAUGCUUUCAUGCAGAACAUGAUGCAACAGGCCGCCGUUCAACAGGAUACUGAACUUCCCACUAUUCAACCAACAAUGACACAAUUAUCGACUGGAACUUUAGCCUUAAGAACGGCCUCUUACGAGGCAAACCCUUACGAUAUUGACCGCAUCAACACACGUGAUUCGUUCAAGUGAUGUGAAGAUUUUUCUUUUGUUUAAAAUCAGGACUUACCCAAAUUGGAACCCCCUUCGAAUUUAGAUCGAGUCAUUCUUAGCGGCGUUUUGGUAACACGUGGAAUUCGCUUCAUGUCCGUAGAAUUUGGCCAAAAUUUUGAAAGUACGUUCUGGUAUUUCGAUUUUGGAUAUGAGCCGAAGUUGA